AUGUCGCUACAGAAAGUAGACCGAAUUUCCAUCCUCUGCAAAAGAAAGCCUGGGAUCUCUGAAGACGAGUUUCACAAUUAUUGGGCAAACCAUCAUGGACCCUUAUGUCAGGAGUUGCUCUGUAAAUAUGGAAUUAUCAAAUACAAUCAAUUUCAUAUAACUCCCGAAUACAAAGACAAGCUUGCAGCGUUCGGGGUCCAAGCACCUUCUUACGACGGCAUGGCGGAGUUCCUUGUCCAUCGGUUUGAAGACAUGGUCACCUUUUUCACCGCUCCUGAAUACUUGGAAAAGAUCCGGCCCGAUGAACUGAAAUUUGUAGAUCAAGAUACGAUCAUUUUCCUUGCUGGAGUGGAUUACGUGGUUGUGGACAACAACAAGCCCGUGGUACACAAAGGAGAUAGCGCGUUUUCGGACAGACGGAUGAAGAACAUAUAUCCCUCCAAGUUGUAA